AAUGUAACGCUCUCUGUAGUCGCCCGGAGUUGUUUGAAUGUGUGUCCGCUUAGUACAACAGCGCUUCAGGUCCUGUAGUUUACCAAUUUACAACUAAACAGCGUGAUUAAAUUCGAUUAAACCGCUUCCUGCUGUAAAAACAGCCUCUCCGACACUUAAUACCGCCGUUUAUCUUCCGGAAUAUACCGCAGAACCGCCGCUAUACUGGAGGAAACGCAGCACAACCGACCCUGACAAUGCUAAGCUAAGCUAAGCUAAUCAUCAGCCCUGGCUGUUCUACAGGAACCCAGCAGCUUCAUCUGAUCAGCGGUAAUUAUCCUGGAGCGGCAGCAGGAUGAGGGUGUUCUCUGUCUCCCACAAGACGGUGUUUGUGGUGGAUCACUGCCCGUACAUGGCCGAGUCCAGCAGGCAGCAGAUCGAGUGUGAUGUUCUGACGAAGAGUCGAUCUCAGGGCGUGAUUCCUUUAGCACCGGUCUCUAAAUCUCUGUGGACGUGUGCUGUGGAGUGCUCUAUGGAGUACUGUCGCAUUCUCUACGACAUCUACCCUUCUAAAAAACUCGUGAAUUACAUCGUCAGCGAUUCUGAAUUCCACAUCUUGAAUAGUUGGAGACAGGAGGACCAGAGCGUUCAGGAGUUAAUGGCUGCACUGGCAGCUGUAGGUCCUCCGAACCCUCGUGAAGAUCCAGAGUGCUGCAGUAUUCUGCACGGACUGGUGGCAGCGGUGGAGUCGCUCUGUAAGAUCACAGAGUAUCAGCACGAGUCUCGAACCUCACUGAUGGACAUGGCGGAGAGAGUGGCCAACAGGGGGCGCAUCAUCUGCCUCACUAAUGCCAAAAGUGAUACACACGUACGGAUGCUGGAGGACUGUGUGCUGGAAACGAUUCAGGAACAGAAUAAGCUGGCUGCUGGAUCUGACAGACUUAUGCCCAUCCAGCAGUGUGAGCUGGUUCUGGUCCAUAUAUUCCCACAAGGAGACGACACGCUCGUAUCCGACCGGCCAAAGAAAGAGGUGAGAUUGAGAGAUAUCUCCUCUGUGCUGAGCAGUGAGGUGCACAGCGUUCGAGCCGGGAGACAUUUGGCCUCCAAACUGAACGUUUUAGUGCAGCAACACUUCGACCUGGCCUCCACCACCAUCACCAACAUUCCCAUGAAGGAGGAGCAGCACGCCAACACCUCUGCUAACUAUGAUGUAGAGCUUUUGCAUCACCGAGACGCCCACAUGGAGUUUAUUAAGAGCGGUGAUCUGCACAUGGUGGGCACCACCAGCAGAGACAGUGGUCUGAAGGAGACGGUGACUCUGAAGUGGUGCACUCCUCGCACCAACAGUGUAGAGCUGCAUUACUGCACUGGAGCGUACCGCAUCUCUCCUGUAGACGUCAACAGCAGACCCUCCUCCUGUCUCACCAACUUUUUACUAAAUGGUCGAUCUGUGCUGCUGGAACAGCCCCGUAAAUCUGGCUCUAAGGUGAUCAGUCAUAUGCUGAGCUGCCACGGCGGAGAGAUAUUCCUGCACGUCCUCAACAGCACUCGCUCCACACUGGAGGAUCCACCGUCCAUCAGUGAGGGCUGCGGAGGACGUGUUACCGACUACCGAAUCACAGACUUUGGGGAGUUUAUGAGGGAGAAUCGUCUCACUCCGUUUCCAGAUAUGCCAGUAGAUGCAGCUGGGAGAUUACCAUUCGAACGAGCCAAAGCCCAACUGGAGCGCCACACCCGCUACUGGCCCAUGAUCAUUUCACAAACUACCAUCUUCAACAUGCAGGCAGUCGUUCCUUUAGCGAAUCUGAUAGUUAAAGAUUCUCUGACGGAAGACGAUGUGCUGACGUGUCAGAAGACCGUGUAUAAUCUAGUAGAUAUGGAAAGGAAAAAUGACCCAUUACCCAUCUCUACAGUGGGGUCCAGAGGCAAAGGACCUAAACGGGAUGAGCAGUACCGCAUUAUGUGGAAUGAGCUGGAGACCCUGGUGAAGACUCACGUUGGAACUAGUGAACGACACCAGCAGGUCCUGGAGUGCAUCGGCGCCUGCCGCAGUAAACCUCCCGAGGAGGAGGAAAGGAAGAAACGAGGGAGGAAAAGGGAGGAUAAGGAGGAUAAAACAGAGAAGAAUGGUAAAGAGUCGGAGGAGAAGACGUGGACUCAAGACUCUGAAAGACCGAAGGGAUUAACUGAGCGAGAGAAAGAUGAUCAGAGUGAAUCUGAGGUUAUUAAAGAUUCUCCUGAUUCUCCAGAGCCGUUCAAUAAGAAACCUCGACUCGCCUCAGAGGAGAUCGUGUCUAUAGAGAAAUCUAAAGGCCCGGUCUCUUUACUCAGUCUGUGGACCAGCAGAAUAACGCAGGCGAACUCCAGAAAACACCAGGAGUUCGCUGGAAGAAUCAGUUCUGUGAAUAAUAAAGCAGAGCUUUACCAACAUCUCAAAGAUGAGAACGGGAUGGACGUGCACGAGAACGGGAAAGCCUCCAGAUGAUGUGGAGACGUACAGGACCCUGUGCUUCCUGUAGAAUCAGUGAUUAUCUGAAGAAAAACAUCUUGUUUUAAUGAAAUAAGUCAGGACGGUUUCUGUGUGGCCGAGGAAUCACGCUCUUGUUUGACGAAGAGCCUUUUUUACCCUGAAAUUUGUACAAAGAAACUAAAAAAAAUCAAUAAAAGACCUCAGAGUCAGAGUGUGUUUUCCCA